GGCCUUCCCGUGUGUUGUUAGCAAGACCUAAUUUUUAUUUCAGCUUCGAUAGCUUCCCCUUUCCAAUCGACCGUGAAGAGCCUCCGAUGCCACAGUUAACAUCCAUCCCCCGGGAAAUUCUGACGAGGCGCUAAAUUGGCGUUGAGAAAGUGACAAAGCCUUUGAGGCGGCAUAGCAGAUUAGCACUUCUGAUUAGAACCAGCUGAUAGCGAUUCUUUGGAAGAGAAGCGUGCCGAAUGAUCCCAACCAGGAAGUGAACGAAACAUUCAGUGUGCAAAAUUGUGUCAGGUUAUUGAGUGUCUGGGAAAGUGUGUGCAAACAAGUGCCGCUGGGUAACAUUCCGGUUCGUGAAGAUACACGCUUGAACGAAGUUACACAAAAACAGUUAGCUUGUGGAAAGCAGCAGAAAGACAUCAUUGAUCGGCAGCGGAUAUCGAGAUUUUCAUUUCUUGCUCAGGACUGCUGUGCGUUUCAGUGAGUGGUGGUGGUGGUUUUGAGACGAGAACAGUGAUAUGAAAUUAGACAGACAGAGACGGAAGCAAUAAUGCCAGCACAAAUUCGAAAAAUGGGAAGCUUAGCUGUCGUAAUCUUGCUGAUUACCGUCGGAUUAGCGGGAAAAGUUUUCGCAUUUAGCCAUGGAAAAGGGAAAGGCGAUGUAUCCCCUGCACAACGAUAUUUUGAUGCUGUUGCACCCGAAGACAAAGAAGCCUUCAUAAAAUAUCAUUUGGAUAAGGCCCUUGAGCAGCGUAUUCCGACCCAUACGAGCGCAACUCCCGCCGAUUUCUCAUUCAUUAUCUACCAGGAACUUGUUGAGCCUCCGCCGGACUUUGCUGCCAAUCUGCUGAAUCAUUUCGAAACGAGCUUCGGCAUGACGGAACUGGACGUGUACCACUUUGUGCGCUACAAUAUGGUUUGCUUCCCCAGUGGUUAUUGCUUCAAUCCGGAUGAUGUCGGGAAUAUUUGCUGCCCUUUUUGAGGAGCUCAGCGGUGAUAUCGAUUGGAUUUUUAUUUGCUUCGUUUUUUUUUCUUGUAUUGGUAGAUAUGAUACAGGAGUUUUAAUGCCAUAUUCCAUAUGCCUAAUAUGAACUGCAUCAAUAAAAUGCCUUGAAGGCAAA